UUCCCCGCACCACUCUGCCGCUGCAGGAAUCGCUCGCUCGCGGCCGCGCCACAUUUAUGUCACCACCACCACUGCCCCCUACCUACCUAUCUACACACCCCUUCUCGAUCCCCUCCCAUCGCCAUUGCAGCCUCUCUCCCCUUUCUCUGAACCCCCCUGCUCCGUGUUGAAUUCGUCUCCAACUACACACCGGACCAUGCCGCUGCUGCUGCGGCCAAGCAGCCACCGCACGGCCGCGCCACUCCUCCUCCUUCUGCACUGCUGCUACGCCAUCCUCCUCCUCCUCCCGUCCCCCGCCUCCGCCGCCCACCGCCACGCCACGGGCGACGGCAUCGUCAUCAGCGAGGCGGACCGGCAGGGCCUGCAGGCCAUCAAGCACGACCUGGCCGACCCGCUCGGCUACCUGCGCUCCUGGAACGACACGGGCCUCGGCGGCGCCUGCUCCGGCUUCUGGACGGGGAUCAAGUGCGUCAACGGCAACGUCGUCGCCAUCACGCUCCCCUGGCGCGGCCUCGCCGGCACGCUCUCCGCGCGGGGGCUCGGCCAGCUCCUCCAGCUCCGCCGCCUCAGCCUCCACGACAACGCCAUCGCGGGCGCCAUCCCGAGCUCCCUCGGCUUCCUGCCCGACCUCCGCGGCCUCUACCUCUUCAACAACCGCUUCUCCGGCGCCGUCCCGCCCGAGAUCGGCCGCUGCCUCGCGCUCCAGUCCUUCGACGCCAGCGCCAACCUCCUCACCGGCGCCGUCCCGGCCGCCCUCGCCAACUCCGCCAAGCUCAUCCGCCUCAACCUCAGCCGCAACGCCCUCUCCGGCGAAAUCCCCGCCGAGGUCGCCGCCUCCGCCUCGCUCCUCUACCUCGACCUCUCCCACAACCGCCUCUCCGGCCCCAUCCCCGACGCCUUCGCCGGCGCCUCCAAGGCGCCCUCCUCUUCCUCGCGGAAAGAUUCCAUCACAGGCACCUACCAGCUCCUCUUCCUCAGCCUCGCCCACAACUCGCUCGACGGGCCCGUUCCAGAAUCCCUCUCACGCCUCACCAAGCUACAAGACCUCGACCUCGCCGGGAACAACCUCAACGGCUCCAUCCCCGAAAACCUCGCCACGCUUCCCGACCUCAACACGCUCGACCUCGCCGGGAACAACCUCAACGGCUCCAUCCCCGAAAACCUCGCCUACCUUCCCGACCUCAACACGCUCGACCUCUCCGGGAACAACCUCAACGGCUCCAUCCCGGCGAGCCUCGCCAACCUCACCGCCAACCUCCAGGCAUUCAACGUCUCCUACAACAACCUCUCCGGAGCUAUCCCAGCCCCGCUCCUGCAGAAGUUCGGCGCCGACUCCUUCGCGGGGAACGCGCUGCUCUGCGGCUACUCCGCUUCCUCCCCGCCCUGCCCCGUGUCGCCGUCCCCCGGAACAUCACCCGGCGCGCAGGGGCGCCACGGCCUCCGCAGGUUCAGCGCCAAGGAGCUCGCGCUCAUCAUCGCCGGCAUCGUCAUCGGCGCCCUCAUCCUGCUCUCUCUCUGCUGCCUACUGCUCUGUUUACUCACAAAAAAGAGGAGGUCCAGCGGCAGUACCACACGGAGCGGGAAGGAGCCGUCCAGCAAGGACGCCGGCGCUGCCGCGGCAGCCGGGCGGGGCGAGAAGCCGGGGGCGUCGGAGGCGGAGUCCGGCGGCGACGUCGGCGGCAAGCUCGUGCACUUCGACGGGCCGCUCGCGUUCACGGCCGACGACCUGCUCUGCGCCACCGCGGAGAUCAUGGGGAAGAGCACGUACGGCACCGUGUACAAGGCCACGCUGGAGGAUGGCAGCCUGGUGGCCGUCAAGCGGCUCCGGGAGAAGAUCACCAAGGGCCACAAGGAGUUCGAGGCCGAGGCGGCGGCGCUCGGCAAGGUCCGCCACCACAACCUGCUGUCGCUCAGAGCCUACUACCUCGGCCCCAAGGGCGAGAAGCUGCUCGUCUUCGACUACAUGCCCAAGGGCAGCCUCUCCGCCUUCCUCCACGCUCGGGCUCCGAACACGCCGGUGGACUGGGCGACGCGGAUGGUGAUCGCCAAGGGGACGGCCCGUGGGCUCACCCACCUCCACGACGACAUGAGCAUCGUCCACGGCAACCUCACCGCCAGCAACGUCCUCCUCGACGACGACUCCAGCCCCAAGAUCGCCGACAUCGGCCUGUCCCGCCUCAUGACGACCGCCGCCAACUCCAGCGUGCUCGCCGCCGCGGGCGCCCUGGGCUACCGUGCGCCGGAGCUGUCCAAGCUCAAGAAGGCCGGCACCAAGACCGACGUGUACAGCCUCGGCGUCAUCAUCCUCGAGCUGCUCACCGGCAAAUCCCCCGCCGACACCACCAACGGCAUGGACCUGCCGCAGUGGGUGGCGUCCAUCGUCAAGGAGGAGUGGACCAGCGAGGUGUUCGACCUCGAGCUCAUGCGGGACGCGGCCACCGGCCCGGAGGGGGACGAGCUCAUGGACACGCUCAAGCUCGCGCUGCAGUGCGUCGAGACCUCGCCGUCGGCUCGCCCCGAGGCGCGGGAGGUGCUGCGGCAGCUCGAGGCGAUCCGGCCUGGACCUGGACCAGAGGGCGGCGCCGAACAGACCGAGGAAGGCCAUGUCGUUGCCUCUGCGAGCAAUGCGUAACGCACAACUACUGCCCCAGCUUGCACGGAUUAUAUUAGUGGAAGAAAGAAGAAAGCAAAUCGUCAAAUUUAGAUUUAGUUAGACAGAUAUUAAUUUGGAAGAACAAAUUCUUUUUAUUCAUUUCAUUUGAAGGCCUAGUAGUAUAUUCUUUUAGUUGAAGGAACCAUACUUCCUUCCUACGGUUUCAUUUCUAGUUUGUGUAUAGGCAAAUAUUAUUUGCACUUCUAGAGUCUCUCUCAGAAUUCCAUUGGUAUAAGAAGAGAUAAUUUUUUGCUUCA